GUCGCCGAGAAACACUCUAUGCAGACAAAAUGGCGCAGCCCAUGAUGACUGAAAGUUCCAAGCGUGCUCCCCGAAUUCUUCCCGAUACACAAUCAGAUGUCAGUGCAGAUGAUGAAGAACUGGAGAAAAGACAUUACGAGGAAGUGGUUGCUGCAUUUAGACAUUACAGGGCUUUCAUGCACAUGAGACUGAACCACAAACUGAAGGACUUUGACGACUUGCCGGGACAUCACCAGGCUUUGCUGCAGGGAUUCCGAGAUCACUUGGGCGACGUUCGGCACUGCGUAGACCACAACUAUGAGAUCAUCAAACUCAUCAUUGAAAACACUGACUGCAUGUUUGUCAACCGAGACGACUACAGUGACGAUACCGAUACAAAGGACGAUACAAAGGAUAAGAGAAGGCUAAAGGUCAACAAUGGGGUGGCCAAACUGGACAUGGAGAAGGUACUGACGACAAUCAAGCAGUUUGUUCGAGACUGGAGUAAAGAUGGCAUCAGUGAGCGGCAAGCGUGUUACGGACCAAUCAUUGAAGAGAUACAGACACGUCUUCCCCUCAAGGAUAGCAAGGAGAGUAUAACAGUUCUCGUGCCUGGAGCUGGACUGGGCAGAUUAGCCUUUGAGGUUGCCAAGCUUGGAUACAGUUGUCAAGGCAACGAGUUCAGCCUGUAUAUGCUGUUUGCCUCACAUUUUAUACUUAACCGCUCACCCAAGGUAGAGGGCAUCACCAUCUAUCCCUGGGCCCAUCAAUUCAGCAAUAUCAAAUCCAACGCCAAUCAAACCAGGCAGGUCACUAUACCUGAUAUCAGUCCGUCUAGUCUGCAAGAGGGUGCGGACUUCUCAAUGGUAGCCGGCGACUUCCUGGAAGUUUACGACACUCCAGCACAAUGGGAUUGUGUAGCCACUUGUUUCUUCAUAGACACAGCACACAAUAUCCUCGACUACAUCGAGAAAAUCUACAAGAUCCUUAAACCUGGUGGCAUCUGGAUUAAUCUAGGUCCGUUGCUGUACCAUUUUGAGAACACGCCGAAAGAAUCAUCUAUUGAAAUUGCAUAUGACGUCCUUCGUCAAGUGAUUCUAGACUUCUCCUUUGUAAUACUGAGGGAAGAAUCGAUACACGCAAGCUACCUUCAAGACCACGAGUCUAUGCUGAAAUACGAAUACGACUGCAUCUUCUUUGUCUGCCAGAAACCCCUCCACUCAAGUGAAACGACCCAAGAAAUUGCCAAAGUCAGUGAAAAGCAAUAACAGUUGGUUUACGCCAUUCUUCAGGGACAGUGGGGUAAAAAAAAAUGCAGUUGUUUUAGAAACAUAUUGACAGAAAAACGUGUAACUUUGACUGUGAACUUCCCAAGGUAUUGGCCUAUUUUGGAAAACCCACAGUUGAUUUUUAUAAUUUUUAAUUUGGAAAUGGGGGGGGGGGGGACACUGAUUUUCCUCAUCAAUUUUGCCAAACUGAAAAUAUGAAACACGUGUGCUUUGAUCAGUAGCACCAUUUGUAACUAGAUUAAGCAUGUUUUAAAUUUGUGAGCAAUUUGUUUUGGUACAUAUGACUUUGAGCAAAGUGUAGCUAGUGUUUUGAAUAAAAAUCGGUUUCAAUCACUUUCAAUCACUAAAAAUCUCACUCUUCCACAGACUGGGAUGAAAAUAAAACAUGCAAGGGAAAAAAAUAAGUUGCAGGAUGGAAGAGGUACUCAGGUGCUUCAGUUCUCGUCAUACUUGUAAAUGCUAAUGAAGUGCACACCAAAUGUAACAUAUCAAAGAUUUUAAAUUAACAGAAGCUGGGAAAACGUUCAUUUCUUAUUUUUAGUUUUAGCUGUUCCUGUUUUAUUAAUAAAUGUUUAAUACUUGUGAUUAAAGUUUACCACUUGACAAAAUGUACAUUUACAGAGGUUUUUAUAUCAGUAUUUUCACAAUGAAAUAAAUAUCCCGAUUUUGGAAAUUAA